AGGUAUCUUACCGUCUUUGAGAAUUGACGAUGUGAUACGUACAACACUACAGUACUAGGUAGGUAGUUUACAUUGGAUCGACUGACAUGUUGUCUAAGGAACUUGGCAACCAACCUGCACAACUGCACUAAUGAAUUACUCCAGUACACACUGCAAAUCAGGUUGAUGCACUCCACAGAUACCAUAUGGAUUCCACAGAUGCCCUAUGGAUGUUGCCGCUGGCGCGUACCGUUCGGUUACAUAUCUGUUUCAUCCAUUCACCACUUUAUCCUACCACAUGAGUGAGCUGCGCAAGAUGCUGGUAUUAGAAUUUGUUUACUUUGUAGAAUCCGAACCUGCUUUAAAGCUUAUGCAAAUCACGUGGUACUACAACAGCUGGUUGCGGUAGGAGCAUAAUCUCUCCGGUACCGGGAGGCGAGGGUCUUUCAGAGGUUCCUUUCCUAAAUACUUUGUAUACCCCCGUUUUGCGCUGUUUGCGCUGCACAGCCAAGGUAAACAGUAUUUUGACACUUGCACUUUUGAGCUCAACUAGUCGACUAGGUAUUCUUGUGGUUUGAGCAAGAAAUAUCAACAAAUGGCCUUAGUCAUACUCAGUUUGCCUGAUCAAGUCCUUGGAUUAAUCAACCAUGAGCUUGGUGAAGUACCCAAAGGGUGUACGGCGGGACACCAAUCGGUUACAAUCGGCCUUCACGUGACCAAAAAUUUCACGACCAGGUGCAACCGUUGAGCCUCUCUAACUGCUUGGAUUUGCAAGCACUUACAAACUUCGCCGUUGCUGGGUACCUGGAUAAAGCACCUUUCACGGGCCGAAUCGAAGUCUUUUAGGCUUCGCUUGUAUUUGUUAUUCUUUUGCUCAUCUUGGCCCAAACGCACAAUGUCAUGCUCACUGCCUUCGUCCCUCCGGCGGGCGGCCGCUCCGCUCCGUAGAACAUUCGCCACCGUCACAGCAACAUCGACGACAAGCGCAAAGAAUUGCAGGGCAUAUGCAACAAUACCCUCAAAGGACAGCGAUCCUACCCCAAGUGCAAGCAGCGCCGAUUCAUCAGCGGGGUCGGUCACAUCACAGCAACAAACACCAAAAUCUUCCCGUCCAACAUACUUCAAAGACACUUCUGUCGCCUCCUUCUCCGACUUUCUCGCCACGUCCUCCCCAGCAGCUCCCUUGUCUCCAUCUGAGGCUUACACCCUUCGCACCGCCGAGGUCGGCCCUGCCGGUCGCAAGAAGACCAUCACACGCCUGCCGGAAUGGCUGAAGACACCGAUACCCAACCCGGGGUCCAACGAAAACUUCCGUAGCAUCAAGGCCGACCUUCGCGGCCUGGGACUGCACACCGUCUGCGAGGAGGCUCGUUGUCCAAAUAUCUCAGACUGCUGGGGUGGUAGCUCCAAGGCCGCCGCCACCGCAACUAUCAUGCUCAUGGGCGACACGUGCACGCGCGGAUGCCGCUUCUGCAGCGUCAAGACCAGCCGCGCCCCGGCACCCCUCGACCCGCACGAGCCCGAGAACACCGCCGAGGCCCUGGCCCGCUGGGGACUGGGUUAUGUCGUUCUGACCUCGGUAGAUCGUGACGAUCUUGCGGAUGGUGGGGCCAGGCACUUUGCUGAGACCAUACGGAAAAUUAAGGCCAAGAAGCCGACGCUGCUGGUCGAGGCCUUGACGGGUGAUUUUCAGGGUGACCUGGAGAUGGUCAGGUUGGUGGCCGAUAGUGGUCUGGACGUGUAUGCGCACAACGUUGAGACGGUCGAGGGUUUGACUCCGUACGUGCGUGAUCGCCGUGCUACCUUUAGGCAGAGCUUGAAGGUGCUGGCCGAGGUCAAGAGGCACAAGGGCGAUGAUAUCAUCACCAAGACGAGCAUAAUGUUGGGUCUGGGUGAGACGGAGGAAGAGCUGUUUGAAGCACUCAGGGAACUCCGCAAAGCCCAGGUUGAUGUAGUGACCUUUGGCCAGUACAUGCGUCCGACAAAGCGUCACCUCAAGGUUGAGAAGUACAUAACGCCCGACGAGUUCGAGCUGUGGCGCCAGCGCGCGCUGGACAUGGGCUUCUUGUACUGUGCCAGCGGGCCACUUGUGCGGUCUUCGUACAAGGCUGGAGAGGCGUUCAUUGAGAACGUGCUCAAGAAGCGGGCGGGCGAGAAGGCAGCAGCAGCAGCCGCUGCCGCUUCAGGUACCACCGCAAACGCCCCCAAGUUGGAUCCCUCUGCGCUGCCAUGAGCGCGGGAACAAGAGUGUGCACAUAAAUGAGAAUAGACGGUAUUUUAUAGUUUACUUCGAUUACAUGUAUUAAUCAUCUUCAACAUGAAGGGCAAUAGGGAACGGCGGAUUAUUAGAGCAUAUGGGCGGCGUCAUGCCAAAGGCUACAGUCACCUGGUCGACGUGACAUGACAUCUAGACAGCAUUAGAAGCUCACUUCAACAAGAAUUUCUAAUGACAAGUAGCUGACAGUGGUCAACUUGAUGUUUUAUCAUCUAUCUCUUUUUUCUAUUCUAGUCUAGUCGCCCAUUUUAUUAUGUUCUCUAUUGACAAAAGAUUUAGUU